AUGAACCCAAUGAAUGCGCCGACUGGCCCUGCCUCUCUGUGGCAGGAGGCCCGCACUCCUGAAGGGCGCGCUUAUUACUACAACGUUCAGACGAAAGCGACACAAUGGACGAAGCCCGUCGAAUUGAUGACACCGGUCGAGCGGGCAUUAGCCAACCAGCCGUGGAAAGAGUAUACCGCGGAAGGUGGACGGAAGUAUUGGUCGAACUCGGAGACAAAGGAGAGUACAUGGGAAAUGCCAGAAGCGUACAAAAAUGCGCUGGCGCAAGCUCAAGCAGCGCAACCUCCGCCUGCGGCGGGCCCCACGUUUGUUGCCGGCGGUGUUAGUUCACUCUCCUCGUAUCCCCAAGCGCGUGAUCGUGAUGACUACGAUCGAGGAUAUAAUGACAGUCAUGGGGGUUAUAGUGCUAGCGAUGCCAAUGCCAUCGCCGCUGGCCCUCCGCUGGGAGCGACACAAGAACCAGACUAUGGAUCGCUGGAAGAAGCUGAGGCGGCAUUCAUGAAAAUGCUCAAACGCCACAAUGUUCAGCCUGAUUGGACGUGGGAGCAGACAAUGCGUGAAACAAUCAAAGACCCUCAGUACCGGGCUCUCAAAGACCCGAGAGACCGCAAGAUAGCGUUCGAGAAAUACGCGGUCGAGGUUCGCUCGCAGGAAAAAGAUCGGGCGAAAGAAAGGUUCGCUAAGCUAAGAGCAGAUUUCAAUACUAUGUUGAAACGCCACCCUGAAAUCAAACAUUACACGCGGUGGAAGACCAUCCGUCCCAUCAUUGAAGGUGAAACCAUCUUCAGGUCGACCAACGAUGAAAACGAGCGGCGACAGCUCUUUGAAGAAUAUAUUCUAGAACUCAAGAAGGAACACGCCGAGAAAGAGGCUGCUGCGCGCAGAGCUGCCAUGGACGAGCUUGUUGGAAUCCUUAAGUCCAUGAACCUCGAGCCCUAUACUAGGUGGUCGGAGGCACAAGCCAUCAUUCAAUCAAACGAGAGAGUACAAAACGAGGAAAAAUUCAAGGCUCUUAGCAAAUCAGAUAUUCUGACUGCUUUCGAGAAUCAUAUCAAGUCUCUUGAACGCGCGUUCAACGAUGCCCGACAGCAGCAAAAGGCAGCAAAGGCCAGGAAGGAACGACAUGCCCGUGAACAGUUUGUUGAACUACUAAAUGAGUUGAGAUCUAAAGGGGUUAUCAAGGCUGGCAGCAAGUGGUCAAAAAUUUACCCUAUCAUUCGUGAGGACCCGCGUUACCUUGGGAUCCUUGGAAACUCAGGCUCCUCUCCUCUGGAUCUUUUCUGGGAUGUGGUCGAAGAAGAAGAAAGGUCGUUACGUGGACCCCGUAAUGAUGUUUUGGACGUCCUUGAUGACAACCGAUUUGACGUUACCUCCAAGACCACCUUUGAAGAAUUCAACUCAGUCGUGUCUUCCGAUCGCCGGACAGCGAAGAUCGACCCCGAAAUCCUCCAGGUCAUCUUCCAACGCAUCCAGGAAAAAGCGCUCCGUCGCAACGAAGAGGAGAAACACGCAGCAGACCGGCACCAAAGACGCGCAAUUGACGCUCUGCGCUCCCGCCUGAAACGCUUGGAACCUCCUCUUCGUUCCACCGAUACAUGGGACCAGGUGAAGCCCACACUAGAGAGAUACGACGAAUACAAGGCCCUUGAGAGUGAUGAACUCCGUCAAAUCGCUUUCGACAAGGUCAUUCGCCGCCUUAAGGAGAAAGAAGAAGAUGCCGAGCGAGAUCGCGAGAGAGACAGAGAUCGCGGCAGCCGCCGUGACCACCAUCACGAUCGUGACCGUGACCGCGACUACCGCAGCUACAGAGGCGAGCGACGCGGCCCUGCCAGCCGCCACAGCCGGACUCCAGAACCCGACGCCUACGAAGCCGACCGGCGCAAAGCCCAAGCAGACCGCGAGCGCUCCUACCGCAAGGCGGCGAGCGGACUUUCACCUGUCCGCGAAAGAUGGGACGAACGAGACAGAGACCGCGAAAGAGAUCGAGACCGCCGGGACCGGGACCGCGAUCGCGAUCGCGAACGAAGCACACGCUCCCUCAGUCACUACGAGCGCGAGCGCCGCGACCGCGAAGAAGAGCGCGAACGCCUUUACCGAACCCGCGGCGACCCCCGCGGUAGCCGCGACGAGCUCGACUAUGGCGGCGAUUCCCGGAGCGCCACUGGUGCGACCGCAAGCAAUGAGCGGCGACGCCGGCGCGACAGCGACACGGAGAGCGUUGCAAGUCGCUCAACUAAGCGGUACCGGCGGGAUAGUCGGGAUCGGGACGCGAGAAAGGAUAGGGAGCGCAGGGAGCGCACGCCUACAUCUGCUGUUCCUGGGCCUGCAGCGGAUGAGGCGAAGGAGGAGAAGGCUGUGCAUUCAGGUAGUGAGGAAGGAGAGAUUGAGGAGGAUUAG